UAAUCCAAGUCUCCUUACUCCUCUCCAAAAAAAAAAAAAAAGAAAAAACAACACCUUUUCUUCCUCACAUCUCUUCAAGCAGCCUGCUUAUUUUGAAACAACUUCCUGAGUUCCACAGAGGAAGAAGAAGCUCUCAAAGAGACAACAGAGAGAUGGGAAGGGCUCCUUGCUGUGAUAAAGCUAAUGUGAAGAAAGGCCCAUGGUCACCAGAAGAAGAUGCAAAGCUUAAAGACUAUAUAGAGAAACAAGGGACUGUAGGAAAUUGGAUUGCUCUCCCUCAAAAGGCUGGUCUCAAAAGAUGUGGGAAAAGCUGCAGAUUAAGAUGGCUAAAUUAUCUGAGACCCAACAUCAAGCAUGGAGAUUUUUCUGAUGAUGAAGAUAAAAUAAUCUGUAAACUCUAUUCCAACAUUGGGAGCAGGUGGUCAAUAAUAGCAGCUCAGUUGCCAGGCAGGACUGAUAAUGAUAUCAAAAACUAUUGGAACACAAAACUCAAGAAGAAGCUUAUGGGGAUGAUGAUGAUUCAUCCUUCUCAAACAAAAUUACCCCACCAAUUAACUACAAAGUUUGCUUCUCUUCUUUGUCAGGCUUCAUCAUCAUCAUCAUCAAUACCAUCAUCACCAUCUACUGCAAUAUCUUCACCAUCAUCUUCAUAUGCCCUAGCUAGGUCUUUCACUGAACCUAUUCCAUUUUCAAGUAACAAUUCCUUCACUGCUGCUAAUAAAUCCAUCCUCCCAUCCCAAGAAAGCUCCUUUGUGGCUGCUCUGGAAAAUUAUCAAAUGAAAGAUAGCAGUGCCCUUUUAAUGUGUGGAGGUGAAACUAGCUGCAGCUCUUCUGAUGGGAGUUGCAACAACCAGAUCACCCACGAAUAUGGUGGUGGUGCAAGUUCAGCCGAACAAAUGGGUUUACAAAGUUAUUUCUACAAUGGGGUUGAAGAGAGCCAGAAAUUAGUUGGUGAUGGUGGGUGGAGUGAGAAGCAAAAUGGAUUGUGGGGAGAAAAUCCAAUAAUAGAUUAUGGUCUAGAGGAGAUUAAGCUGCUUAUUAGCACUAGCAGUUGUAAUAACUUUCUGUUUGAAGAAAACAAGACAGCAGAAGAAAGUGUUAUGUACUAUUGAACGCUGACUGUGAGGAAAAUAUCAAAGAUUUGAAAGGGUAAAAAAAGGAGGAGAUGGGUUUUGAAAUUAAAAUCUUGAAAGAUUUCAGAUUUGUUUGGAUAUUUGAUUUAGGUGUUCUUCCAAUGGAUAACACUUUUUUGUUUUCUUUGUA